GCCUACCAAAACAACGAGUUCUUGAUCUCUCCUCCCUCGGUCCCCUCCCCUCAGCCACUCGUCGUCCCUCGGCCAUGGCGAGGCGCCUCUCGUGGCAGGAUUUGCAGGCGUCGGGCUCGGCCAUCGCGACCCGCCUCUCGCUGCAGGACUUGCAGUGCCUGGUGCGGAGGAAGCCGGCGUGCUCCGCCGCCGACCGCGCCGAGUCCUCGGCGGCGGGGGCGCCGGCCGGUGGGGGCAAAGGGCGGCACCUCGCCAAGGCGCUGUCCGUUCCUGACCUCAUCGCCAUCGGUGUUGGCUCAACGAUUGGUGCCGGCAUCUAUGUCCUGGUAGGAACUGUGGCUCGUGAGCAUGCAGGACCAGCCUUGACCCUUUCCUUUCUGAUAGCUGGCAUAGCAGCUGCUCUUUCAGCAUUGUGCUAUGCAGAGCUCUCUUGCCGUUUUCCAUUGGCGGGAAGUGCCUAUCACUACUCAUACAUUUGCAUUGGAGAAAGUGUCGCUUGGUUGAUUGGUUGGGCUCUGAUUCUGGAGUACACAAUUGGUGGGUCAUCAGUGGCUCGUGGCAUUUCUCCGAACUUGGCUCUAUUUUUUGGUGGCCAUGAGAAGCUUCCCUUUUUCCUAACACAAAUACAUGUUAAAUGGUUUGAAACCCCGCUUGAUCCUUGUGCUGCUAUUCUUGUAUUGAUAGUUACUGCAUUACUUUGCCUGGGAAUUAAGGAGAGUUCAUUUGUGGAAGGCAUCAUCACCAUUGCAAAUGUUAUAGUUAUGCUGUUCGUCAUUUGUGCUGGUGGAUACUUAGCAUUCCAGAAUGGCUGGAGUGGCUAUAAUGAUGAACAAGGUUACUUCCCUAAAGGUGUGGCUGGUGUUCUAUCUGGAUCAGCAACCCUCUUCUUUGCCUAUAUUGGCUUUGAUGCAGUUGCUAGCACAGCUGAAGAGGUGAAGAAUCCCCAACGUGAUCUUCCAUGGGGAAUGUGUCUGACCUUGUCCUUGUGCUGCUUCCUCUACAUGAUGGUUUCUAUUGUUAUUGUUGGCUUGGUGCCAUAUUAUGCAUUGGAUCCUAACACUCCUAUUUCAUCUGCUUUUGCUAAAUAUGGAAUGCAAUGGGCAGUGUACAUUAUUUCCACUGGGGCUGUUUUUGCUCUUAUAGCAUCCUUGAUAGGUGCUAUUCUCCCUCAGCCAAGAAUUGUGAUGGCUAUGGCAAGAGAUGGAUUGCUUCCACCACUCUUUUCAGCUGUUGAUCCAACGACCCAAGUCCCAACCUUGAGCACAAUAUUGUCAGGGAUAUGUGCUGCUAUCCUGGCUCUUUUCAUGGACGUCUCAGAAUUGGCAGGGAUGGUAAGCGUGGGCACACUAUUGGCAUUUACUAUGGUUGCCAUUUCUGUUUUAAUAGUGCGAUAUGCUCCUCCAAAUGAGAUAGCAACGAAAGUGGCUCUUCCAGGUUCAUCUGAAUCACUAACUUCAGACUCUGGGUAUUCAGAACCAGAUGAGGAAAAUUCGGAGGAUCUUUUGGGCAACGUUCAAGACAUACCUACUGCCAAUGAAGCCAACAAGAUAAGGCGACAGAAAGCCAUAGCAUGCAUUAUACUAAUUUUUCUUGGGGUUGUCACCAUUGUUUCUUCAGUUUCUUUCUCCUUUUUUCCGUUAUUUUUGCGAUCCAUUGCAGGUGCCUUUGGUAGUUUGCUUUUGGUUAGUGCUACCAUUGCACUCUGGUUCAUUGGGCAAGACAAGAGCUCUUUAAGACAAACCGGAGGUUUUAUGUGCCCAUUUGUUCCUAUACUUCCAGUAUGUUGCAUUCUCAUCAACGUAUACCUGCUUAUGAACCUUGGGAUUCAUACGUGGAUUCGUGUUUCGAUGUGGCUAGCGGUUGGUGCCAUCAUAUACGUCUUCUAUGGGAGGAAGUACAGCUCACUGACAGGGGUAGCCUAUCAACGGAUUUCACCUGCAUAGAUCACUGUGGGGGUUGUUCAUCUGUACAUGGCGAUUAACUUGUACAGCUUCCGUUGAUUUUCCCUUUGACAAAUUUCACAGUUCCAAUCUUCAAUGAACUAUCAAAAGUCUUGAAGCUCUCAGAGAUCAUCUCACAGAAAUGGUCUUCAUGUGUAGCCCAGCGUGUUUUGAGCAAGAAUUCGAGCAAAAGCAUAACAACAGUGGCAGCAGCAGAAGCACAGCACAUUGUGUAACUGCUUAGAAUUUUUUGUGUCUUUCUAUAGUCAGUUUUGACAGUUUUACCAUCACCUGUAAAUAAUAAAUGUUCUCACAAUUGAGUUACUGUAUUUCUAUUGUAUAAAAAAAAAGGAGAUAAGAUAAUUGCAGUAUGUCAAGAUCUGCAUAUAUUGUAUAGCGACUAUUUAUGUAUUUAAUCAGACAGCUCAGAUUUAGGGAAGAACAAGUGAUGGUGGAAUAUAUUUCGGCCCAGAAAUUUGAAUA